CGGCAGCGGUACUGAGGAUCCAGCCGGAGCCUCGCUGCGUUGAGUCAGUCCGCCGUAGCUCUGCCGACUGGAGGGAUGUGACCCCGGAACAGGACGCCCUCCUACAACAACACACCAUUCAAACAGAGCACAGAAGAAAGUAAAGCUGGACCAGGAGGGAGCCACAGGAGCAGGGGGGAUGAACCGCGAGGAGGCCCCGGGGAAGUCUCCUGAAGACAUGUACAUCCAACAGAAAGUGCGGGUCCUGCUCAUGCUAAAAAAAAUGGGAUCAAAUCUUACACCGAGUGAAGAGGCUUUUCUCCGGAAUUAUGCAGGUGUGGUCCACAGUCAGAUGAGCCAACUCCCACAGCACAACAUAGACCAGGGUGCAGAGGAUGUGGUGAUGGCGUUCUCACGGUCAGAGACGGAGGAUCGACGGCAGUGACCCUGGCCCCCCCACCAACACCCCCAUCCCGCCCAGCCCCGCCCUGACCCCCCAUCCCGCCCUGCACGUGAUCCACAACUCCAUUAAAACUCCACAAACACAACACUGAUGAGCUCAGGAGAAAGAGGGAAGCCCGGGAGGGACAGAAGAGGACGGGAAACGGUGGCCGCCUCGCCCUCCGCCCGACCUUUUCCACCCCGACGACUCCUCGCACCAGUCGGCACACCGUUACCUGAGAUGCACUCAAGUGGGUCACUGUGGGCUGAAGCCUUGGCGACAAGGCGGUCAGUGAAAACACUCAUAGAUUGUGUGGAUGAUUAUCAAAUCUAGGUUUCUUUUUGUUUUGUUUUUUUGUGGAGGGAGGAGAGGUUUCGUUUUGUAUCGUUUCAUCUGUGUCAAGGCUUUAGGCAGUGUUAUGUGUUCCACCUGCUGCGGUCACUGGAGGAAACUGACCAGUCAGCAGUUGACUGAAGCAAAGAAAAAUAUAGUUUUGGUCAAGCAGCGAAUGUGUGACGGUUGGUUGUGUUAGAAGAGAGAGAGAUUUUAAGUAUUUCUGCUUACCCUACGUGGGCUAAAGUUGUUUUCGGUUUAGCUGUUGUUGUGUUAAUGGCUUUUUGUUCUCUGUCCACCAGGGGCCUCAUUUCUAAAGACAUUAAAAAGAAGCAUCUCCCACACAGAUGUUGGGAUUUAGAGACGUUACCGGUGUCCAAACAUGACCUAAAACCUGCACCAUGAAGACCAAGUAGUCACAUCAAUUCAAUUUUAACUGCUUCAGGUCCUGUACAGAAAAAUAUACAGGGGUUUAACACAAUAAUGUAGUUGUUGUAAGUUGAUGCAAGUGUUUGUUAAUGUAUUUUUCAAAACCUAUAAUGCCUCCUGUGGCCAUAUAUAAGUGGAGGGUGGUUUAUGAGUAGCACAUAAUUGAAAUAAUAUAAAAUAUGUCUUCAUUGUAGUUAAAAUUUGGCACACAUUGUACAUUAAUGAACCCUUACAGCUAUGUACAACCAGGUAUAUUGUCUUUAAAUCAUGUCUUAAAUGCUGGGACUCAUACUGCCCAUAGAUAUUUCCUAAUCUAUUUUAAUAUCAGAUUAAACCCAGAUACCAAGCGAAUUAAAGCUUCUGUAACGUGUUGAUUUUCUCGAUCCAGAAAUAGGAACAAAAACAAAACAAUCGAGUCUUUUCUGCUCUGUAACGUUCCUCCGUGUGAUUUGCGUUUUUGCUUCAUGUACAAAUCCUCUGACGACAAGCUGAUUGAUGCAUGUGUUAACAGUCGCACCAGGCCUGUCAUUAAUCAUUCAUGUUUAAUUACGGGAGUUAACAGGGCGGCGUGACGAGGCUCACGGUUUGAUUGAUGGGAGUUUCUUUCAGUGUAUUUCCAGCGUUUUAUAAAUGAGGCCUCGCUUGCUCUUCUGCUGCUUUAUUUUGAACCAUAGGCUGUUGAGAGUGCAACGAGGGGAAGCGUAACAAUUAAAAGACACUACUAGACAUAACACAGGUUGUACACGUUCUCCCCAAAUGAAUACCGGCUUUGGGUUCUUGUGACGUGUAAAGCCUUUCCUCUUUUUUUUGUUUUUUUUUUAAUUGUACAGAUAGUUGGGAAAAUAGGAAGAUGAAUUAAGCUUGCCAAUUGUAUUUUUGUUGUUUUUUUUUUUUUUUUAAAUCUGUAAGAUAAAAAUUAACCGUUAAGAAAGAGACAAGCUGUAGUUGUAAUUUAUUGUUUACUGAAUCAACACCCUGUUCUUCAAACACAUCGUUAAAGACGGAGAACCAGUAGAUGGUGAAAGCUCACCAUGAGCGACGCUUUAAGUUCAUCCGCAGCGGCUCUUUGUUCACACUAAAGUCAUACGAACUCUAAUUUUUAACUACCUGUAGCUGAAGACAUGAAGCCAAACAUGAGAACUGUGUGCUAUUUUCUAACUGUACUGUAUCUCUUGCACUAUUAUCAGUGGGAUAUUUGCAAAAAAUACAUUUUGAUAUUUAGCACAGAGAUUCUAUGUUUGGUUCAGUGGAUUAAAGAAAAAAGCAAAACAACUUUGUAAUCACGUUUUUAUUCCUUCGCUGAUUGAAAAGAAUCUGUGUUAAUUGACUCAACUGGAACAGCUCAGAUGAAUAUUUGUUAACAGCAGACAUGUUUUUCUAGUGACAUGCUCAAUAUUAAAUGUGUUUUAAGUACAGUUUGUUAACUUGUAUAACUUAAAAUAAUUGUAACGUAAUGUUUUGAAGCCAAGCAUGUCUGCCUUGUGGUUUACGAUGUUCAUUCAGUCGAGGAACUUUAAAGCCUCGACCACAGUGACCAUUGUUUGUACAUUCUUGACGUUUGUGGAAGCUACUAGCUCUUUUAAAAUGUUUCUGGAAAAAAAAGAUUUGUUUUUUUUUUGUAUGGGUAAGUGUUAUCCAUUCUAUCUUGUUGGCAAUAACUUCUUAUUUGAAUGUCCUCAACAAUCAUCGCAAUGUAAAAGGCCAACAGAUUUGUCGCUCUGUCCGCCACUGACAAAGAAAUUUGUCUUUUUUUUUAUGUUUACUUUUGUUUUAAAACAUUCUUUAUGUGUCUAUGCAUUUGGUUUUUUGUUCUUUUGUUUUCUCUUAAAGGUGUCUUACUGUACAUUUUACCUAUCAGGGUUGUUCUACAGCCUUUGUUCAAGUUGUGAAUGAAUGUCGGUGUGUGUGAAAGUGUGUGUGUGUGAGAUCAUCAUUGAACCUGCUACCAGUUUUGGUUUUCAGCAUGCUGUUGAGUUGAGACUAGGAUCGUGUAUCUUUUUACUGUGAUGACCCGACGUUGCCUAAUUGUCCUUUUUUUCCUGUUUUUUUUUUGUGUUGGCUUUGUAUUUUAUUUUCCCUCUCAGUCAACAUUGAUUAGUUGGUUUCGUUUUGUAUGGCUGCUGACCAUGUCUUGACUUAAUGCUUCCAAAUCCUAUACCAACUGAACCAUUAAAGAACUUUUAAACAGUGUAAAA